AGAAUCAGUAUAAAUCAGACGAGGUUUCAGAUGGAACUCGUAUUUUCACAUUUUGGCAAAGACAAUAACUUGUACAAUGAUCAUUCAGACCAUCCUCAAGACGACCAUUCUUGCUGUUGCUGCAACAGCAGCAACCAUUUCUGCUAAGAGCACCGAUGACACCAAUGGGUUCCGUCUAUGGGCCAACAUGCUCUACCCUGAUACACCAGGCAACGGCCCGAUCGUUCAGGGCUUUGAGCUCGGCUACGUCUCUGGCGACGAGUGCCAGGCCACCGUGAUCCUGGUACCCGAGAGUCAAGGAUCUACAUUCUAUGCCAGUAACAACACAAUUGGCGUUUACUUCGACAACGACUCGUCCUCCUUUGCAGGCAUGGUGGUGCCCUGGCGCGGGUCUGCGAUGGUUCCGAGCGGUAGACCUGUGGAACUCAAGUGCGAGGACGGUACACCAGGUCUGACUCUGAACGACAAGGGCGUGUACUAUCCCGGGGAAAUGGGUCCGGACUUCAAUGGCGCAUUCAUGGUGUGCGAAGAUGGAGGUGACCCGUUCUUGAGCUUCUAUGGCUGGGGCCAAAGGCCCCUUUGGGGUUGCACUGUCAUCCAGCUUCUUCCCAUCUCCUAAAGCCAAAG